UGUUUGUUAGCUUCCACCUUAGUCCCCUCUCCCAUUUUAAAGCUUCUCCUUCUCUGCUGCUUCUUUUUCAAGUUUCUCCCUCCCUCACCUGGAACUGCAACUACUCUCUCCUCGCGUUUUUCUUCUUCUGGUAUGGAUACUGCUGCGGGUCAAAGUCUCUAUCCAUUGCACCAUUGCAAAACUGUUCACCUGGUUAGGCACGCCCAAGGGGUUCACAAUGUAGAAGGGGAGAAGAACCAUGAUGCAUACUUAUCUUACGAUCAUUUUGAUGCACACCUAACCCCUCUCGGCUGGAAGCAGGAACAGGACUCGGAGAGGAUGAUUGGCAGUGCUAGAGAGGAUAGUGGACUUUACUACUUUGAGGAGGAUGUGACUCAUGAAGCUGUUUUCGUAGAAAAAACUCUAUGUUUCCUUUUGAUUCAUGUUGGUAAUCUGCAAAAGCAUGUCAAGGCAUGUGAACUUUUCAGCAGAAUUGAACUAGUUAUUGUUUCCCCGUUGUUAAGGACCAUGCAAACAGCAGUUGGAGUCUUCGGUGGUGAAGCAUACACUGAUGCGAUUGACAAACCUCCUCUGAUGAUGGAAAAUGUGGGACAGAGCGAUCAUCUUGCAGUUUCUAGUGUGAACUGCCCACCUUUUAUAGCAGUAGAGCUUUGCCGAGAGCAAAUGGGAGUUCAUCCUUGUGAUAAGAGAAGAACCAUCAGCGAGUACAGGAAAAUGUUUCCAGCAAUUGAUUUUUCCCUGGUUGAAAGUGACGAUGACAUUUUGUGGUCACCUGACAUUAGAGAGAAGAAAGAAGACGUUGCUGCUAGGGGACUGAAGUUGUUGGAAUGGUUGUGGACACGUAAAGAGAAGGAGAUAGCAGUUGUUACCCACAGCAGUUUUCUGUUUAAUACCCUUAGUGCUUUUGGAAAUGAUUGUCACCCAAAUAUAAAGAGUGCAAUACGCACACACUUUGCUAAUUGUGAGCUACGUUCAGUGGUUCUCGUUGAUAGAGGUAUGAUUGGAUCAAAUGAGCCAACUACCAACUAUCCUGGCAAGAUUCCUCGUGGCCCUGACCUCCCCAGUGAUGCUGCUGACUAGAAACAUUCAAGGAAUGGGCUGACCACACAAUAGUUCCUCUCAGUGAUAACUGGUCAUCUGGUAUAGUGAUGGAAUUUCUUCAGUAAUAAUAUAAUGAUUUCUUAAUUGCAUUGACAGGCAAGCAAGGGUUCUUUUAUUUUUCAUUUCCCCGAACAAACUAUAUCCAUAACAGCAGUUUUAAAAUUUCUCGUGGGAUCAAGAAAAGUGGUAGCAUAUUGAUGCCAAUUUUUCUAUUUUCAAAGUCAUGUUUGAGACAUUUUUCUUUGUACAACGCCGUAUACAU